AUGAUUCUCUUCCCACGAUACUAUCUGUUUGAGAUAGGUGAUCAAGCCUGGUGUCCCGAAUGGAUGAGAGCAUACAUCCAAUCAUAUCUAACCCGCGUCUGGAAUCUGCAUAUCCCGCCAUUCAGCAACGCCCCUCCAGCAGGGGUAGCAGCAGACCUUAUUCUCGGACACAUAAAAGAUCCGGAUUCUUUCACAUUCGUUGAUCUUUGUGCGGGUGCAGGCGGGCCGAUUGGAACGCUUGAGCACGUUUUGAAUGAGAAGCUUAGAGCGGAAGGCAAGUCAGCGGCGCGAUUUGUUCUCACGGAUCUGCAUCCUCGAGUGGAAGAAUGGUCUGCGAUUAGUAGACGUCGGGAGAAUAUCUCGUUCGUUAGUGAGCCUAUGGAUGCUGCGAAAUGUGAGAGAGUGGCACCGACAAACCGGAAGGAGUGCAGAAUCUUCAAUUUAUGUUUUCACCAUUUUGAUGAUUUGCUUGCGUCGACUAUAUUGCGGAAGGCGACAGAGUCUGCUGAUUCUUUUAUAAUUUUCGAAUUUGCCCAGCGCAAUUUCACAUCGUUGCUUAACAUCCCUGUUAUGCUUCUCUUUCCUUUCUGGUAUACCCUUUGUCGGUACAGACAUUCUCCUCUGCAUUUAUUCUUCACAUACGUGAUUCCUUUGCUAUCCCUACUUAUUUCCUUUGAUGGCCUGGUGUCGACCAUGCGUUGUCGGACACCGGAGGAGAUUCGAGCGCUCUUGGAUGGACUGGACUUGGACCUCAGCGACUGGGAAUUUAGGAGCGGGCAUCGUAUGUUAUUCGAGCCAUUUGUCCACAUUUACUACUACAUUGGAGUAAGAAAGGAACGUUAG